AUGAACCCUCUUUCUCUCCGUCUUACAACAGCAGUUUUGAGUGUUCUCUUGUUGGCUUUCCACCCACAAACUGUUGUUGGAUUUGCCAAUGAGAAACCAACAGCAAAACAAGCUGCCUUCUUCUCCUCUUCGUAUCGAACCAGCAAGUUGUUGCAAAGCUCUCGUGUGCUUCCUUCAGAAGAGAUCUCGACAUCUUCUACGAUUGUCAAGGCCAUUCAUAACUUGCAAGAACGGUUCACCGAGUACCAGCAUGUUCGAAAGCAGCGCAAACUGGGACGAGAAGCUUCUUUACUAGCCUCUUAUUGUUCGGACAAGAACAGCAUGGUGCAAGGUUUUGUGCCAGUCGUCAAGGAAUUCUUGCACAAACCCAACAAGAAGCUACUUCAAAGCCAUGUCAUGGCCCAUCAACAAGCUCAAUACGACCAUUUGGUGCAUGCGUACCACGAACAAGCAUUGUCAAAAAGGGUGAUGAAAAGUAGUAGUAGUACAACAGAUGCUGCUAUCGGACCCCUUUCCAUUGGUCAAUGCCUUGUGCAAACUAGAAAAGAGGCCAAGGAUGCUCGUUUGGCCGCCAAAUAUGCUGCAAUUGAAUCUUUGGAAGAUCGCGCCUUUCAAAUUUGCAAGGAUCUUGGAAUGAUCUAA